AAGGCAAGUCCCUCCGCCACAAUGAGCUCUGAACACGAAGAAAUCGAUGUUGCAAAAACCGUUGUCAAUGGGCUGAGCAGCAAUGGGCAAGAAAAAGAAAUGGAUCCCACUAAAGUCUGCAGUGGAAAAGGAGCUGUGACCCUCCGGGCAUCUCCAGCCUAUGAAGAGAACCAGAAUAUCACUUCGCCAUGUCCUCAGGAUGUUGAACAACCUGAAAAUGAUUGGAGGUCGUCGUCUAACACUGAUGCCAAUGGGGAUGCCCAACCAUCUUCUCUGGCUGCCAAGGGUUAUAGGAGUGUGCAUCCGAACCUUUCCUCAGACAGCAAGCCACAGGAUGCCACUGCCACCACCACAGCUCAGCCUGGGGUUAUAGUAGUCCCCCUCCUCCAGGUUAAUCCAGACAGACAGCAAGAAAGCAGCUCCAGCACUCCACCACCGCCUCUGGUUCCUUUCGGGCAAGGCUCCGUAUUCCCCGAGACUGUUUCUCCUGGCUCACCCUUGACUUUUCCGACUCUAGAUGAUUUCAUUCCCCCACAUCUCCAGAGGGGUUCCCACCAUAACCAAGCACCCUCCGCAUCUGGCACAUUACCCUCUGUUUACCCGAAACUGCCAUUCUUCUCAUCACCACCUUCACUUGUCCCUCCAGUCACGGGGGCUUUGCACAGGGGCUUGAAGCCUGAAAUCACUGGAGUCAUCUCACAUACAGACCCAGGUCCUGUGCUAAAUGAAGUGUCCCAGCCUGGCACUGGCACUGACUAUCCAACGUCCUUCACUUCAAUCAACAAGUCUUCCUCUGCCUAUCCCUCUACUACAAUCGUCAAUCCCACUAUUGUCCUCUUGCAGCACAAUCGAGAACAGCAAAAAAGGCUUAGUAGCCUGGCAGAUUCAGUGCCAGACAGACUAGCUUCUGAUAAAGUUGAUUCAGCACGUAUAUGGGACAAGCCAGUUCAGGAGACAGUGCCAAGUGAGAAGAGGGCAAUGGAGGAGAAGAGAAGCAUUGUCAAGAGCUCUAAGCACAUGGCUGAUACCUCUGUCGAUGAUAUUGGCAUUCCACUGAGGAAUACAGACAGAUCGAAGGACUGGUACAAGACGAUGUUCAAACAGAUCCACAAGCUAAAUAGAGAUGAAGAUUCUGAUUCAUACUCUCCUCGUUAUUCCUAUUCUGAGGACAGUAAAACUCAGCUUUCAGUUCCCCGCUCCAAGAGUGAGAUGGACAAUAUUGAUUCAGAGAAGGUUGUUAAGAGGUCUGCCACUUUGCCACUGCCGAACCGUACUUCAUCACUGAAAUCAAGCCCAGAAAGGACUGACUGGGAGCCUCCAGACAAGAAGGUGGACACCAGAAAAUACCGUGCAGAGCCCAGGAGCAUUUAUGACUAUCAGCCAGGAAAGUCCUCGGUUCUGAACAAUGAAAAGAUGACUCGGGAUAUAAGCCCAGAAGAGAUAGAUUUAAAGAAUGAACCUUGGUAUAAAUUCUUUUCGGAAUUGGAGUUUGGGAAACCGCCUCCAAAAAAGAUUUGGGAUUAUACUCCUGGAGAUUGCUCUAUCCUUACUAGAGAGGAUAGAAAGACUGAUCUAGAAAAAGACCUCUACCUCUACCAGACUGAGUUAGAGGCAGAUUUAGAAAAAAUGGAGAAGCUUUAUAAAGCGCCACAUAAAAAGCCACAGAAGAAUACAGCAGGUGUUACUCCUCUGGAAACUUCCACAGACCAUUCUUCCUACUCCACAUAUUCACCCAACUACCAUGCAGUGAAGAGACAGUCAGAACCAGCACUGGGGGACCCUGCUGGCUUGGAGAAUGAAAGGCAGAUUUACAAGAGUGUGCUGGAAGGUGGAGAUAUCCCGUUCCAGGGGCUGAGUGGUCUCAAGCGACCUUCUAGCUCUGCUUCCACAAAAGAUUCAGAAUCGCCAAGGCAUUUUGCACCAGUUGAUUACAUGGAAACUCCAGAAGAAAUCAUCCGCAGACGGCAUGACGAUAAAGAGAUGAGACCUGCUAGAGCCAAGUUUGACUUUAAAGCACAGACGCUGAAGGAACUUCCUCUGCAAAAAGGAGAUAUUGUUUACAUUUACAAGCAGAUUGACCAGAACUGGUAUGAAGGCGAACACCAUGGCAGAGUUGGCAUCUUCCCACGAUCGUACAUAGAGCUCCUCCCACCAGCAGAGAAAGCUCAGCCCAAAAAGCCAUCACCAUUGCAAGUAUUGGAAUAUGGAGAUGCUAUUGCUAAAUUCAACUUCAAUGGAGAUACCCAAGUGGAAAUGUCCUUCAGAAAGGGUGAAAGGAUCACGUUGAUUCGACGAGUGGAUGAGAAUUGGUAUGAAGGAAAAAUCUCUGGCACCAAUCGCCAAGGCAUCUUCCCUGUCACUUACGUGGAGGUGCUCAAACGGCCAGUGGUGAAGAACGCCAUCGACUAUCCUGACCCACCAAUGUCCCUGUCCCCUAACCGCAGCAUGACAGCUUCACCACAGCAACCUCAAGCACAGCAGCAAGGAGCCAGCCCUGACAGAAGUCAAACACCACGAGACAUAGUUAGCUACCAAGCCCUCUACAGCUACACUCCUCAGAAUGAUGAUGAGCUGGAACUGAGGGACGGUGACAUUGUCGAUGUCAUGGAGAAAUGUGAUGACGGCUGGUUUGUGGGUACGUCCAGGAGAACAAGGCAAUUUGGCACCUUCCCAGGCAACUACGUGAAGCUUCUGUACCUGUAA